AGCGCGGGAAGAUGGCGCCCCGCGCCCGGCCCCCGCCGCGCCCCGCAGCCCCCCGGGCCCGCGCCCCGAGCGCCCGCUGAGCGCCCCGGGCCCCGCGGCUCUGCCGAUGGAGAGCGCGGAGCUGAGCCCCCUGAUCCGCGAUGUGUGCGCGGCCCAGCCGGGCUCGGCGCGCAGGGGCGGCGGCUGCCGGGAGCUGAUGGUGCGGCUGAGCGAGGGGCAGUACGUGCUGUGCCGCUGGACAGACGGGCUCUACUACCUCGGCAAGAUCAAGAGGGUGAGCGGCUCCAAGCAGAGCUGCCUCGUCACCUUUGAGGAUAACUCCAAGUACUGGGUCCUCUGGAAGGACAUCCAGCAUGCCGGUGUCCCGGGGGAGGAGCCCAAGUGCAGCAUCUGCCUGGGCAAGAAGUCGGGCCCCAGGAACGAAAUCCUCAUCUGCGGGAAGUGCGGGCUGGGUUAUCACCAGCAGUGCCACAUCCCGGUGGCGAGCGGUGGCGAGGGCCCGCUGGGGACGCCGUGGUUCUGCCGCCGCUGCAUUUUCGCCCUGGCAGUGCGGAAAGGGGGUGCCCUGAAGAAAGGAGCCAUUGCCAGGACGCUGCAAGCCGUGAAGAUGGUGCUGUCCUACAACCCCGAGCUGCUGGAGUGGGACUCCCCACACCGCACCAACCAGCAGCAGUGCUACUGCUACUGCGGGGGCCCCGGAGAGUGGUACCUGAAGAUGCUGCAGUGCUACCGCUGCCGGCAGUGGUUCCAUGAAGCCUGCACCCAGUGCCUCAGCGACCCCAUGAUGUUCGGAGACCGGUUCUAUGUGUUUUUCUGCUCUGUGUGCAACCAGGGACCAGAAUACAUCAAGCGCCUGCCCUUGAGAUGGGUGGACAUAGUUCAUCUGGCCCUCUACAACCUGGGUGUGCAGAGCAAGAAGAAGUACUUUGACUUCGAGGAGAUCUUGGCCUUUGUGAACCACCACUGGGACCCUCUGCAGCUCGGGAAGCUCACGGGCACCCCCAUCUCCGAGCGCGGCCCCCACCUCCUCAACGCCCUCAACAGCUACAAAAGCAGGUUUCUGUGCGGGAAGGAGAUAAAGAAGAAGAAAUGCAUCUUCCGCCUGCGGAUCCGCGUCCCCCCGAACCCCCCCAGCAAGGUGCUGCCGGAGAAAGCGCCCGGCGAGGGAGAGAGCAGCUCCAGCGAGCUGAAGAAGGGGGGGAAAAGCAAAUACGCCCAUAAGGACAGCCUGCAGCAGCAGAAGCGGCGAGCGCGGCGCAAGAGGGCCAAGUUCCUGCUGGAGGAUGCCAUUCCCAGCAGUGACUUCACCUCGGCCUGGAGCACCAAUCAUCACCUGGCCAGCAUCUUCGACUUCACUCUGGAUGAGAUCCAGAGCCUGAAAAGUGCCAGCUCAGGACAGACUUUCCUAUCGGAUGUGGACUCCACAGAUGCCACCAGCACCUCAGGCUCGGCCACCACGAGCCUUUCCUACGAGUCCAGCCGCAGGACCGUGGGCAGCCGCAAGCGCAAGCUGGCAGCGCCAGCCUACGCCUCGGGGGCCAAGAGGAGAGGGGGCGAGCUGGGCGGGCGCCCCACGGCCACCCCCGAGGGCAGCGAGGCAGCGGCCGGCCCCGAGCGCCCCGACGGCGGCAUCGACAGCCACACCUUCGAGAGCAUCAGCGAGGACGAUUCCUCGCUGUCCCACCUCAAGUCGUCCAUCAGCAGCUACUUCGGGGCCGCGGGCCGGCUGGUGUGCGGCGAGAAGUACCAGGUGCUGGCGCGGCGGGUGACGCUGGAGGGGAAGGUGCAGUACCUGGUGGAGUGGGAAGGCACCACCCCCUACUGAGCCCCGCCAGCCCCCGAACCUCUCCCGGAGCCAAAGCGGAGGAGAUCGGGCUGCUGGGGAAGCCCGUGAGGCACUGGAGAGGGGCUGGUGCCUCCCCCGGCCGGCAGUGCUGCCCAGGAAUGAAACCUGAAGCCCUGACAUUCUAUUUUUUGACAUUCUAUUUUUUUAAUGUUAACAAUUUUUAGUUCCUUGGCUGUGUUUGUGCAGUGAUGGAGGCUGGUGCUGCUCAGAGCAGAAGGAUCCCCAGCUGGAGCAGCUGCUGUGGGGGCCCCCCACACCCUGCUCACACAGGGACCUCGGUCUGUGCCUGGCACAGCGUGGCUCAUCCUGGCUCAUCCUGGCGUCCCAGCCUGGCUGAGCAGCCUCGAGGGGGUCCUGCUGCCGAAACACAAACCCCUCCUCAUCCCUGGGCUCUCACAGCUCGUCCCUGUGCCCUGGGGACAGCUCUCGGGGUUUUCCACCUCAUCCUGAAUCAAUUCAUUAAAGGAAUGUGGGUUGUUUUAUAUGAGAAGAAAAUGCCCCAAAACCAGCCCACUGUGGCUGUUGCAGCCAUGGGGCAGAUGUGCUCUCACCCCUCAACCUGGACUGUGUGUGGUGCUGCACCAGCUUCAUUUCCCUGUUCUGACAAUCAUGGUCUUGGAGGAGAUCAUCCAAAAAAUCCUCCUUUGCCUUAAAACCACCAUGGGCACUUCACAGACUGGGGCCCAAGGCCUUUGCUUCUACAGGAAUCUUCAUCCCAAAUGUGCCAAACCAGCAGACAAACCAAAAAAGGCUGAAGAGGACAGUGGGGGCAGGGGUAAGGGGCUGUACCAGGGUCCCUGUGGCCAUCCCUGUGACCUCCUGGCUGUGCCUCUCUCAUGGUGAUGUUUGUGAGCACUGGGCUUGAUCUGUCUGCAGGAGAGGAGGAGCAACCCCCUCCUUUAACAAAGCAAUACUGCAGCUUGGGCAGGAGCAGAGCAGUUUUUAAAAAAUAUUCCAAUAUCAGAUAGAUGUAUUAGAUUUUUUUUCUUUUAGAGAGAGAGAGAGAGAGAUAUUUUUAAUGUUCUCCUCACCUCUCCCCCAUCUCACCGUGGCUGUCCCAUGCUGGGCUGUGGGGUCCUGUCCUACCUGUGCUUGUGGGAUCUCAGCUCAUCCUUUUGGGAGGUCCCCCCAUCCCUGGCAGGGAGGGGUCCAGCAGCUGGAGAAAUCCCUGUCCUGCCUUAGCUUUGUCCUUGAAGGAUCACUUCAAAUAUUUCCCUUUCUCAGUGCCUAUGGAGCCCUUCCAAGGGGCUGCCCAGAGCUGUGCCAGGGCUGAGCAGGGUAAUGCCUGUGGGAUGUGCCAAUGCACAUCACACUUGUGGAAGCACCCUCAGGAUGUGGCCCUGGCUCCUCUCUGCUCCCUCUCUGUUCCCUCUCCUCCUCUCCUGGCUUCUUGCAGAGAAUUGAAUGUGGAGCCUUUAAAAGUACUUUUGUUGCAGAGUAUAUUUUGCAUUCGCUGUAAUAGAGGUUAUAACAACUCUGUGCACCUUCUGAUUUCUGAGUUCAGGUUGCUGCUUGUAAGCAACUCUCGUUAUACCCAAGUUGUAAUUAAUAUGUCUGAUGUACAAUUAAAAAGUGGGAGUUUUUCAAAGUCA